AUGAGCACCUCCGACGGCUCCGCUUCCACCAGCGAGGCUCCAGCCAGGGUCAAGAACGUCGAGAACCAGGCUGCACUGAGGAAUGGACCUCAAGCACAAACGGACACUCCGCAAGCGUUGGCCGAGUACGGCGAAUACCUCGGUCGAUGUAUCGCCAUGGCUGAUAGCCAGCGCGCCACGUCUCAGACAAGCAAGAAGCGCAAAUGGUCUUUUGCCUCCAAAAAGUGA